AUGGCUAGUGAACCUUCGAGCGCCACUAUAGCCAGUGAACCUUCGACCAGCACUUCGGAAAUUCAAACAAAUACUCCAGAGCCUUCCCAACUCGAAGUACUUGCAUUAAAUUAUCUUCGAAAUCAAGAGAUUUCAACUAUUCCUAGCAGAAUCCCAAAACUCAAUCCUUGCA